CAUAUAUGAACAUGACGAUUCGGUGCCAUUAAUACAUCACACCAGUGAAUGGCAAAAUGCUUUGCCAUAUGAAGAGAUACCUGGACCAAAACCAAUACCCAUAUUGGGUAAUACCUGGAGAAUGAUGCCCAUCAUUGGCCAAUAUACCAUUGGCGAUGUAGCCAAAAUUUCAUCACAACUUUACGAACAAUAUGGACAAAUUGUUAAAUUUAGUGGCCUAAUUGGAAGACCAGAUUUACUAUUUAUAUAUGAUGUCGAUGAAAUUGAAAAGUGUUAUCGUACCGAGGGUACAACUCCAUUCCGUCCAUCUAUGCCCAGUUUGGUGAAAUAUAAAAGUGUGGUGCGCAAAGAUUUCUUUGGUGAAUUGGGUGGUGUUGUGGGAGUUCACGGUGAACCAUGGCGUGAAUUCCGUUCAAAAGUACAAAAGCCUGUACUGCAACUAUCAACAGUUCGCCGCUAUUUACAACCCUUGGAAGUUGUAACAGAUGAUUUCUUAAAGCGCUGUGAAACUCUGCUCGAUGAAAAUUCCGAAUUACCCGAAGAUUUUGAUAACGAAAUUCACAAGUGGUCCUUAGAAUGUAUUGGUCGUGUUGCCUUGGACGCACGUUUGGGUUGUUUAGAAUCAGAUUUAUCCCCAGACUCGGAACCUCAACAAAUUAUUAAUGCAGCUAAAUAUGCAUUGCGUAAUGUGGCCACAUUGGAAUUGAAGGCACCCUAUUGGCGUUAUAUCCCGACACCGUUGUGGACCCACUAUGUGAAAAAUAUGAAUUUCUUUGUGGAAGUCUGCAUGAAAUAUAUCAAAUCAGCCACUGAACGACUAAAGGUUGAAGGACCCUGCAAGCACGGAGAACCUUCUCUACUGGAGAAAGUUAUAUUAGCACAGAAGGAUGAAAAAAUUGCCACAAUUAUGGCUUUGGAUUUAAUUCUAGUCGGUAUAGAUACGAUUUCCAUGGCCGUAUGUUCAAUGUUAUAUCAAUUGGCAACACGACCAGAACAACAGGAAAAAGUCCACCAAGAAUUAAAACGAUUGAUGCCCGAUCCUAAGACACCACUUACAUUACCUCUACUCGACCAAAUGCACUACUUAAAGGCUUUCAUUAAGGAAGUUUUCCGAAUGUAUAGUACAGUCAUUGGAAAUGGUAGGACAUUGCAAGAAGAUACAGUUAUCAGUGGUUAUCGGGUACCAAAGGGUGUCCAAGCAGUAUUCCCCACAAUUGUAACGGGAAAUAUGGAAAAAUAUGUCACAGAUGCUGCCUCAUUUAAACCGGAACGUUGGCUAAAACCCAGUCAAGGUGGUUUUGAGGGUAAACUACAUCCAUUCGCGUCACUGCCAUACGGCUAUGGUGCCCGUAUGUGUUUGGGUCGUCGUUUUGCCGAUUUAGAAAUGCAAAUUCUACUGGCAAAACUAUUACGUUCAUACAAAUUGGAAUAUGAACAUGAACCCUUGGAAUAUGCUGUCACAUUUAUGUAUGCUCCCGAUGGUCCAUUGAAAUUUAAAAUGACCAAGUAUUAG